GAGAGACUGAGAGAAAACGUUUAAGAGAGAGAGUUCAGCAACGAACAGGGAUAUGACGUCACGAGCACUGUACGGCGCGCCGCUAGUGACCGGAACGGAAAGCGCGGAGUGACCGAAAGCGGGGGAAAUUAGAGGUAAAGAAGGAAACACAACGGUGAGAGUGAUGCCUUCAGUGUGACAGUCUGAUGGAGUGAUAAUGCCGCAGCUGGAUCAACUAAAGAGGAAAAUAAAGUCAAGGAAGGAAAUGGCCAAGAACAUUAAAGCUGGACCCUCUUUCAGUGAGCCAGACACUGAGGGCACUCUGUCUGAACCUAAAAGGGCCAAUACCACUAAUGUUGAUGCAGCAGAUGCAUCUCUGUCAGAAGAAAAUGAAGGAACUCAGGAUAACUCUGAAUCCACACAUACGGACCCUACUGGCUACCUGGGGGAAAAUGACAUUUGUGCUUGUUCUUUUUGUGAUUUUGUGGCAAAAACCCCAACUGCACUGAAAAUUCACUCUAAACGGAAACAUUCUCGGAGGGCUUUGAGCUCCCACACAGAAAAUGUCUCUCAGAAGAACUGUGGAGAAUCAGCUCUUUCUGAUGUUAAAGAGAUGGAAACCAUUCUAUACACAGACAGAGAAGACCCGUAUAUGCCUGAACACUUAGCAGUACCAACACAACCAGAAAUGACAUUACUAAUACCACAGAAAAAUGUGCGACUCAAACAAUCAGAAACUACUUCCAGUUAUCAAACAGAAAACAGACCAGAGCAGUCUGCUGCAAAUGAGGCUGAAACAACACAGAAUCACUCUGAUCAGUCAGCAGGGGACAUCUCCAGCCCCACACAGAUUCUUCUGGAAAUGGUUGACCCUUCGUUAAGCGACAAAAGAAAGUAUGGUACAUGUGAAAUGAAGACAGUAGAUGUAGGUGCAGAGAACAGUCAGGUUGGAUCGACUUGUAGCUCUGAUGUGGAGAGUAAACAAACCAGCAAAAGGUGCCCAAAGCCGAAAGUCCUGCAUGCAUGCUCCAACUGUGGACAUGAAUUUCGAGAUAGGCCUAGUCUAGAGAUGCACGUGAAAAGACGACACACAAAGGAAAUGAACUACUUUUGCGAGUUCUGCUCGUACUCAUGUGUGGCCAAGUGUGAUUACGAGAAGCACUGCAUGAGCAAUAAGCACAGAAGAAAAAUAUUAGAGAAGCAAGAAACAUCUUUCAAGGUGGAUAAAGUUGGCUCUACAGGGGACAUGUCUGAGCACCAGUGCAGCAGCUGCUCUUUCACAGCCAGCAGCUCCAUCCUGCUUGUUGAGCACAUGAAACUGCAGCAUGGUGCAGAGAACAGGCUGCACUGCCAGAUGUGCCACAUUUACACAUGCACAGCUGAGGCAAUGCAGGCACACCUGGAAGGACCCCUCCACUUGCAGGCCGCUCAGGAGAAAAAUACCAGUCCACUGUACCAGCACUGCGUGGAAAAGGUUCUGGUGAUUCUUUCCAAUGAACAGAGAGAGGAAGAGCAGAGAGGAGAGAUAAGUGAGCAAGGGGGUAAGGGAGAGGUGGAGCCUCAGAGUGUUUCUAAGUGUGUCCCAGAGUUUCAGGAAACUGCAAUUUUUUCAGCGGAAGAAAACUUUGAGGGAACCAUUACUCACAGACGAAAGCGCGGGAGACCGAAAUCAAGUCAUGUAACUACCUGCAGCCACUGUGGCCUCAUUGCGUCCAAUCCCACGAACCUCAGCGUGCAUAUCCGCCGUAGGCACAGUCGCCUGUACAGCUUCUUCUGCAAGCUCUGCAACUAUUACUGCGUAACUAAAGGGGACAUGGACCGCCACUGUGAGACUAAGAAGCAUGUUAAACGAGCACAGGUAGACGGGGGUGGUGGGGCCGUGGUGUGUUUGGACACUGAGCAGGCAGUUCACAUGAGUGAGGAGGAGGUGAUGUGGGCUGCUCAAACGAAAGGAGCGACCGGAGAAGAAAAAGAUGGUGAUGAAAUGGAGCAAACUCUGAGUGAGGCACCAUGUAAAAAAAACAAGUACGAAUUGGUGAACUCAUGCAGUCACUGUGAUUUCGUUGCCCACUCUAUGGCCUCCCUUGGGCUCCAUGUGCGGCGCAAACACAUACGGGACUUUGAGUUUGUUUGCCUGGCAUGCAGUUAUUAUGCCGUGACGCGCAGGGAGAUGUCCCGACACAUGGCCACAGAAAAACACAAACAAAAGCGGGACACGUAUCUGCAGCAGAGGGACAGAAAAGAUUCAGCUGAGGUGAAUCAGCACACACACUUAGCACCAGCUAACCAAACAACCUUCACUGAAGAUGCACACCAGAACGUGGAGAAACCCUCAGCUAAAGAGACAGGAGAUUCAGCAGAAGCUCUAGAAGGAAGUGAUGGAGUGGAGAAUGAUAUGACCUUAGAAAGGGCCUCUAAGACCAAAGAGCCAAACCAAAGUUCUGCUGAAAAUCUGUGUGGCCCAGUGCAGUCAAACAGUUCAGGCAAACGUGCAGUGGAGGACACCGAGGAGGAUGAUGAAGAUGAGGAAUCACUGGAGGUGAGAACUGAUGGUGAGAACCUGCCUCUGAGAGCCACUCCAUUUGAUGAAUGCAUUUUCCCCCUUAAAGCACAGGCUGAGGCCCUGCAAGAGGUGACUGAAGGAGAACCUAAACCAACCACCAGUGCAUCAAGCCUGCAGGAGGUGAAAAACCAGAGGCCAGCCAGAAGUGCUGGCACUAAAGGAGCUGCUCCGAACCCACGGAUCCGCUGUGAAGAUUGUGGCUUCUUGGCUGAUGGACUGAGCGGCUUGAAUGUCCACAUCUCCAUGAAACAUCCGUCCAAGGAGAAGCAUUUCCACUGCCUGCUGUGCGGAAAGUCCUUCUACACAGACAGCAACCUGCAACAGCAUCUGAGCAGCGCUGCACACCUGCGCAAUGAGCAGGGCAGUGUGGAGGAGCUUCCAGAAGGGGGCGCCAGCUUCAAAUGUGUGCGGUGCAGUGAGCUUUGUGGGACAGAACAGGAGCUUUUCUUGCACAUCAAAGAGAAACACGAGGAACUGCUGAGGGAGGUUAAUAAGUACAUUCUAGAGGACACAGAGCAAAUCAACCGUGAACGGCAGGAGAACCAGGGCAGUGUCUGUAAAUACUGUGGAAAAGUCUGCAAGAGCAGCAACUCCAUGGCCUUCCUGGCUCAUGUGCGCACACACACAGGAUCGAAGCCAUUCAUGUGUAAAAUAUGUAAUUUUGCUACAGCACAGCUCGGAGACGCGAGGAACCACGUAAAGAGACACCUGGGCAUGAGGGAGUAUAAAUGCCACGUCUGUGGGUGGGCAUUUGUGAUGAAGAAGCACUUGAACACACAUCUGCUGGGCAAGCACGGACUGGGCCAGCCAAAAGAAAGGAAGUAUGAGUGUGAGCUGUGUGAGCGGAGCUUCAGUGAGAAGUGGGCUCUGAAUAAUCACAUGAAGCUCCACACCGGAGACAAACCGUACAAAUGCAGCUGGAAAUCCUGCCACUAUGCCUUCCUCACACUGUCUGCCAUGAAGGACCACUACAGGACACACACAGGUGAAAAAUCGUUUUUGUGUGAUCUCUGUGGUUUUGCCGGUGGGACUCGCCAUGCCCUCACCAAACACCGUCGCCAACACACAGGUGAGCGGCCAUUCAGGUGCCAGUUGUGCAGUUUUGCAUCGACAACCCAGUCUCACUUAACCAGACACAAGCGUGUUCACACAGGAGAGAAACCCUACCGCUGCCCCUGGUGUGAUUACAGGUCAAACUGUGCAGAGAAUAUUCGGAAGCACAUCCUGCACACAGGGAAGCAUGAGGGAGUGAUGAUGUAUAACUGCCCGAAGUGUGAUUACGGCACUAAUGCUCCAAUGGACUUCCGUAAUCAUCUGAAGGAAAAUCACCCGGACAUCGAAAACCCUGACUUGGCCUACCUGCAUGCAGGAAUUGUGUCCAAAUCAUUUGAGUGCCGACUGAAGGGUCAGGGGGCAUCAUAUGUUGAGACUGAAUCUGCGUUUGCACCGGAUGAAGGGCGGCUGGGCUCGGAGGCACUGCAGCAAGUAAUCAUCAUCCAAGGCUAUGGUGAAGCAGGAGCUAUGGAGCAGGAGCUGGAGGAGUCGGCUGCUGCCACACUGCACACGCUCGCCAUGACACACACACACACACAGCUGCAGGUGGCCCAGGUGCUGCACAUCACCGAAGACGGACAGGUCAUACCCUGCCACAAGGUGGCGCCAUCCGGGACCCCUCUGCCUGAGGGAGCGACACAGUACCUGCUGGUGGAGGGCCAGGAAGAGGGCCAGAGCAGCCCAGAGCAGGCUGGGGUCAGCCAGGUGCUGUCUGAAUCCUCCACUGCACUGGACGCCCUGCUGUGUGCAGUGUCAGAGAUUGGCCAGCAGGGCAGCACCGGAGAGACAGAAAUCAUCACCUCAGAGCAAGAGGGCCAUGCCCAGGGUGAGGGGCAUGAGGAAGUACAGGUGUAUGGGGAGGUUGUAGAAGGUGUCGAAGGUGAGGGAGCAGAGUCAGUAGACGUUGUCACGCAAGUGGUUGGUCAUGGCGACCAGGACACACCUGAAGGGGUGGUGCAGGAAGUGCUGCAGUUUGCCGCCAGCCAGUUGAUGAUGAAGGAGGGGCUUACACAGGUAAUUGUAAACGAUGAGGGGACGCAUUAUAUUGUAACAGAGCUGGAUGACUCCACCCUGCAAGUAGAGGGCGCUGUGUAUGCUCAGAGUGAAGGGGUGGAGUCUGGGGAAACCAACCAACCAAAUGAGGGCACAGUAACCUAUUCACACAUCAGCCUUAACCAAGCUGCUCAGGAAUGAAGGGGUGGGUCCCAAAGAGCUUGUACCCCCCACCUUUUUCUCUGAGUCCAUUUGGCUCCACACACUAACUCAGGAGCUGGAGAAGGCUGGUUUGGGCACUGAUGAUGGAUGAUCAACAACCUCCUGCUGCCAUUGAAAAGCUGUAGUAAAUCCUUUUCAAGUCUACUGAUUUUUUCUCCUUAUUACAAGCUAAAUCUUUUUAAGAGGCAAUGUUGUAGCAUCAUGAUCAGAGAUCCCUUCAUGGAAUAAUUAAUUUUUUUCAUAAAUAAAAUGUCACACCAAAUUGUUCAUGACAGCUCAAUGGAAGGUACAUUAUCAUUUAGCUAAAAGUUGUCCAAAAAAGCCAUGUUGUAUUUUGUUUUUUAUUUUUUUUCUUAACACAGAGUGUUCUACAAGAAAAAAAAUGCAUUUCAGACUUCAUCGCAAUGUUUGUUUUGUUUUUGAAUAUUUCAGUAAGCUUCUUUUUUUACAUUUGUUUAGAUGGGAAUUUUCUUGCUUUGUUUGGUUCAUUUUGCAUGUUGAAGGAUUUGACAAUGUCAGGUUGUGAGCAAAUGGAUGGUCAGUGUUCAGCAGCAGACACUCAAAAUCACACUGAAACUCAUCACUGCUACGCUUCCCUUACAAUGGUUUUGAAUUAAUUUUAAGCUCAUUAACUGAUUAAUGUAAUUCUUUUGCAGGAAAUAAGAUGUUUUUUCUGGCUGUCAUCAUCCAUUUUUAUUUAUCCGUGCUCUGCCCACAAAGGCAUUCUUUCAUAGCUACUGUAGCACACAGAGAUUUGCAAUAGUUGAAAUGGAUAAUUAAAUAUAAUAGUUCUGUAAAACUUGUCGAAGAACACAUUUUAGGCAGAUCAUUGAUAGUAUAAUGAAGUGGCUGUUUGGAUUGUUUGCUGACAUCUCUCCCAUGUUGUAAAUGAUUCUUGUUGUUUUCUAUAUUAUGCUGACGGUUGUAGGUCUGGGAAGUUUUAAUUCAGACCAGACAGUUUCUUUUUACAUUCUGCUUAUA